CCCCUCAGCAGGACUCGUUAAAAGAGCGGGUCUUCUGGUUGAGGGGAUGACUCCUUCAGGACUUUUUACACGGACCGUGACUCGGACUUGGCGCGAUGAAGUCUCCAAAACUCACAUCUCAAGAGAAGCUCAUCAACGUGGACGAUCUGAGCGAUGUGCUGUGCGAGUUCGACGCGGUGAUCGAGGACUUCACGUCCCCGGUGGAGAAGCGACACUUCAGGUACGACGAGCACCUGAAGACCAUGAAGAGGAGGAGCAGCGCCAGCGUCAGUGACAGCGGCAUCAGCGACUCCGAGAGUGCUGAAUCGCUGAACAGGAAUAGCUUCAGCUUCAGCGACGAGCGCCUCAACUCUCCCACCAUCUUCUCCCCCGCCGCCUCCCCCCCGCCUCUGAUGUCACCCAAACCCAAGCUGGGCGACACCAAAGAGUUGGAGGACUUCAUCGCCGAUCUCGACAAGACAUUAGAGGAUAUGUGACUGGGACGCUUAGUCAUGAAGCCAUGAGGGAGUGGAAGUUUGGACCCCCCUCCCCUUGAGCAGCUCCUGCCCCCCACACUGAAAAAGAAAACCCCAAGAGAAUCCAGCUGGAUGACACAGCAACUGCUAAGUGGCUCCAGGUCGGCGUCGGGUCCUGCCAGCGCUUCUUCCUAAAGUUAACCUGGCCGGCGGAGUCCAGGCCACCCUGGCGGACGCCAGCAGACAGAGGGACAAACUAAAUUAGCUUUCUAGGGGACAUGAGGACAAGAAUACUCCGCAGCCAUGAGGUAACAGAUUCCAUGGCCUUUUGUGAGGAGUCACACUGGAGCAUUGAACAAGCCCAAACCUUAACUCAGAGUGAUGCAAAGCCUUUUGUAUUAGAGGUAUAUUUCUUAUUUUAUAGAGCUUCUUAUUGUAAAUUUGUUUUUUGUUUUGUUUUGUCAGAUAUAUUUUUGUACCAUAUGUAAAUAAUAAUUGUCAUAUAUUUUAUUUGCUGUCACACGAAACAGACAGAUCUCUGAAUAAACUGAUCAGCUUUAAGUCUGAAUGUGAACUGGAAACUCCUCAGAACCAACUGGGAUGCAACCUGAGUAUUUAUGAAGCUACUGCCGACAAGAAACCCAAGAAUACAAUAAAAUAUGAAUUAUUGAUAUUUAAAA